ACCACUGGUUGUACUUAAUAUGCUGCAGUACCUGAGUGAAGCUCAGUGGAUCCCCAGCUCUGUUGGAGGCAGCAGCAGUCACGACUUGUCAGGACUCUGUAUUUAAAGCCAGCAGCAGCUGCAGCAGCAGCAGACGGAGAAACAUCUGGAGAGAGCAGCAGCUGCGCAUAGACAGCUGCAGGAUGCGCUUCUUCGCUCUCCUCUGGACUCUCGGCUUCCUGCUGAAUGAGGCGCGGGCAUGGAGCUACAAAAACGGAAUAUUUCAUAACUCAAUAUGGCUAGAACAAGCAGCUGGAGUUUACCACCGGGAAUCGCGCAAAGGGCGAUACCAGCUGACAUAUACAGAGGCCAAGGCUGUCUGCAAGUACGAGGGAGGGAAGCUGGCCACUUAUGAACAACUGGAGGCGGCCCGUCAAAUAGGUUUCCAUGUGUGUGCUGCUGGAUGGUUCGACGAUGGACAUGUCGGCUACCCCAUCGUCAAAGCCGGCGCCAACUGUGGCUUUGGGAAGGUCGGCAUCGUCGACUACGGACGCAGGCUGAACAAAAGUGAGAGAUGGGAUGUGUACUGCUACAACCCAAACUCUAAGGAGUGUGGAGGGGUGCUGACGGAUCAGCAGAAGAUCAUUCAGUCUCCUGGCUUCCCUGAGGAGUAUCAGGACGAACAGAUCUGCUACUGGCACAUCCGUGUGCGCCUGGGCCAGAGGAUCCGCCUCCGCUUCCUGGAGUUUGAUGUGGAGGAUGACACAGCGUGUCUGGCAGAUUACCUGGAGGUGUACGACAGCUACGAUGACGUCGCCGGCUUCGCCGGGAGAUUCUGUGCCGAUUAUUUACCUGACGACAUCAUCAGUACAGGAAACGUGAUGACGCUGAAGUUCCUCUCUGAUGCUUCAGUCACAGCCGGAGGCUUCCAGCUACAAUAUCUUGCCUUUAAUGCGUCUUUCUUUUCACAGAAUCGCACCGAUUAUUUUCACUGACCGAUGGUUUAAUACACUGAUGUAAUCCUGUUGCUGUUUUCAUGAUGUUAUUGUUACAUUAUGUACUGUAAUUAAUACUUUUUUGUUUCCAUAGCUGAUUAAAUAAAUAACUCUGUUCAUUAAA